GAUAUGUGUGAGACUGGCUUUCAGCUUUUAUUCAGUAGGAGGGUGUAACCUGCAAUAUAAAGAGCAGUGUGUCUGUUGUUCAGCUCAGGGGAAGUGUGAGACGCAUGACAGGAAGCUGUUGAAUCACUUCACUGGCUGAAGAUGCUGAGGAUCACACUGUGGCUGUUAAUUGGGGUGUUUGUGUGGGACUUUGCGUCCUGCUCCAUCACAUGUCUUGACGGGAAUGUCUGCUCUAAUGAUGCUACCUGCUGUUUGACCAAGCAUGGAUAUAGCUGCUGUCCAUAUCCAAAUGCUGUGUGCUGCUCUGACCUGGCCCACUGCUGCCCUUCAGGGUUUCGUUGUAACCUCCUCACCCAGAUGUGUGAGAAAGCGAACCAGCAAUGGAUGAAUACACCCCUGGUGAAGAAGGAGGCUGCCGAGGACCCACACCCUCCUGUUCUAACCGUAGCUCCCCUUCAGGACCUCAAAAGCAAUCAUAUCCCAGAGCAAAAAAAGAGUGCAGUUGUCUACUGCGACAACUAUUACAUUUGUCCCACUGGCACUACCUGCUGCAGACACCCAAAAGGCACCUGGUUCUGUUGCCCGUACUCUCCUGGCAUGUGCUGUCUGGAUGGCUACCACUGUUGUCCGUAUGGCUACGACUGUGACCUCACUUACACAUACUGUGUGAGGGAAAGCCUGAGAUAUCCCCUCACCCCCAAACAAGUUCUGUCGUCAGUCCCUGCCUCUCUCAUUUCAUCUUCUGAAGACAAAGCCAGCCCUCAGGAGAAACCUAUGGCAGCUCUAACAGAGGCCAGUGGCGGCGCCCCCAACGCUCUAGUCAUUCGCUGUAAUUCUGAGUUUUACUGCUCACAAGGGACAACUUGCUGCAAGGGAUCCACGGGCCAGUGGAAGUGCUGCCCCUACCCACUGGGCCAGUGUUGCACAGAUGGUCAGCACUGCUGUCAGUAUGGAUAUACCUGCGAGCCCUCCUCCUUGACAUGCAGAAGAUUCUACUCUCAGGUCCCCUCAGGAACACAGGAACAUGCAAUAACAGACUGAGGACAUGUCAAAUUACACUGUGACCGUUUUGUCAUCAUUUUUUCUUCAUUAUUUUGGUCCACAUUUCAGAUAAAAUGUAACAAUGCUUUGUAGCCUCAGUAAAGAAAGUGAACAGAAACUGGACGGAUUCAGGUUUACUCUCCAUGGACAACUCCAUGGAUCAAUAGUCUGCUCUUAAGAUUCUUCCUGUUAUUCAUUGUCUAUUCUGUUUCGGAUGAAUGGUACUGUAUGUUUGGUGCUCAGAAAUGAUUUGAUAUCAACAUUCAUUUUCAGUCUUAUCGCGUUAUUUUUUGAAACGUAUUUCCUGCAACAACAUUCACAUUACUAGAUUAAAUCCAGCAAUGCAGUGGUUUAGUAAAUGUGGUGAAGAUGCUUAACCGGAAUUUUUAUUUUUAUUUUUCAUAUAUACAGCCGGUGAAUGGGGAACUUUAAUGCCAAGCUUAAAUCAUUUCAUGAUCUUUUCUAGUG